UACUCCCCAACCUCUUUCCCCUCCCCUCCUCCUCCUUCCCCCCCCUCUUCUUACACCACCACCACGCCCGCACGCACGCCCACCCUCCUCAUUCCGUGUGCCUCUCCUUCGUGUGCUUCCACGUCUCCUGGGCGUGUUGUGCGGGCGUGGACGGGCGGCGCAGGGGGCGUGUGGCCUGUUUAGUCUCCGUCGUGGCCGCUGGGGCUGGCUCUCCACCGGGCAAGUGGAUGAAGUGGAAGACGAAAUGGUGUAGGGGACGUGCGCUCUCGGCGGCCGCUCGCGAUGUGGAGAGGAGUGUGCGGCCGGGCCGAGUGCGCGGCAGUUGAAGUGAGGCCAUGUGGAGUGCAGGGGUGGCCGUGGCGCUGCUCCUGCCAUGUUGGCGCUGCCGCCUGCCAGUGGGUGUGUGUGUGUGUGCAGUGAUACAGUGAGCUUUCGGUGACCAGCGACCCUGGCCUCUGAACCACCGGUCCGAAAAGCCCUUUGCGAGGCGAGGAAUGCCUCCAGCUCGGCCUCCUUCUACCCCCCCUCCUCCUCCGCAGUCGCCGCCCUCGCCUUCGCCGCCGCCUUCAUCGUCCUCGCCUCCGCCGCCGUUGCCGCUGUGCCGAGAGCGGAAGGGCACUGCUCACUCCUCCUUGAGGGCCACGAUGCUAGCUAGCAGCAGCAGCAUCAGCGUGUGGGCGUGGGCGUGUGGGCGGCGGGAUGGGUGUUGGCUCAUGCCCACCCGCGGCCCUGGAGUGUGUGCUCCUGCUACUGUAAUUUGCCUUGGCGAGCACGACCAGCAGACGGCGACGACGACCACGACCGUUUUGCCGACGACAGCGAUGACUAAGAGGGCGAGGACGACCCCGUCAGCCCGGCAGCCUUCCGAAACCAGCACACGGCUUGCCUGGUUGCUGAUGGUUGGCGCGGCCACCGAACCGUCGUCAACAGAGCCUGGUACGUUUCGAGUCUAGACGAUGUCGAGAAAGAGCAAGGAAGGAGAGAUAGGCAUGACUCUUCCGACAAAUGGGGCGCGGAGCAUAACAGGAGACGUUGCGGGCGGUCGUGGGCGUGCCCGAAGAUGUACACACCGUACUGGAAAUCAUGAACUCCCUCUCGUCGAACGAUGGUGUUGGUGAGGCAGUCUCGGACACAGCCGUAAGUUGGGACUUACUUGAGGAGGCGGCGGUGAGGACGGAACUCAUGGAACAAGUACCCCAGAUCGCGGUGCUGUGCCACGAGUACCCGGAACACCUGGGCGGGGUCGUGGCCAACAACCUGGUGCCCAUGGUAGUCAAGUACCUCACAGACCCCAAUAACCAGGUUCGCAAAACAUCCCAGGCGGCGCUGCUGGUUCUGCUGGAGCAAGAGCUGGUGUCCCGCUCGGACGUGCACGACCAGGUGUGCCCCGUCAUCCUGGACCUCACCUGCCCGGAUGCCAUGGACGACUUCAAGACAGAGGCCGUGGCGCUCAUGUCCAAGAUGGCGCCGCUGAUCGGGCGGGAGAUGACUGAGCGGCUGUUCCUGGAGCGGUUCACGCGCCUCUGCUCCGACGCCCUCUUCCAGGUCCGCAAGGUGUGCGCCUCCAACUUCGGCGACUUCUGCAGCGUGGUCGGCACGCAGCCCACCGAGGAGGUCCUG